AUGUUCAGAGGUUGUCAAUUUCUUCAAUUACCUUACGGCUAUUUUUCAAAAAUUGAUUAAAAUUAAAGAGAAAAGAAAUAUAAAAUUAAUCAAACAACGCACAUUUGCGAAACAAAACUUCUGAAGGAAACCAAAAGCACUACGGAAAUUGGUAAACAAUUUGAUAGCAUCCUGAAUCUCUACAAAAUUUAAUUUAUUGUAAUAAAUACAGAUGAUUGUUAAUUUGAUAGAUUGAUUUUAUAGACUCAUAUAAGGUUUUAUUGUUAGAGCGAUUCAUAUUUGUAACUUGGAUUGGCUGAGAAAAUUUAUGGUAAAUGUUAUAAAACUUUGUUUGAUUCUGAUAAAAAUCCUAGAUUUUUAAUUUCUGAAGGGUUAUUCACAAUAAAUCUUGUAAAGUAAGAGUACAUCUUGGAUGGAGAGGGGAUCGAGUAUUGUGGUAAGUCGGAAUUUAUUAAGAAUUAAGGAGUGUUUAUUUAGGGUGUAUUCUAAGAGCCAAGAAGGGAGAGGAAGGCAGCUUUCCAAUCCUUAGAAGAAGAUUUUUAACCAAGGAAGAGGUCUAUCAUUAUAAGUGAUGAAAGUAAUGAGAUAAUCAGAAGUAAAUCUUUUGAUUAUGAUAAUAAAAUGCUUAAGGGAAUUUAAUAGGUCAAUCAAAUUCAAAUCCAAUACAACUAGUAACUACGGGAACAGGAUUUCAAUAUAUUACUCAGAAAUUCAAAGGAAUGGUUGACUUCUAGUUUGCUGAAUUCAGUUGUUGAAUAUUUUAAUUGGAAGAGUGAAAUAAAAGUAAAUUAGUUGCCCCUGAAGGAGAGACUGAAAAUACCGAGGGUCUUGUUCAUCCCCAGUGAUGUGACGACUUCGUUCGGAGAGUAUGAGGACAAAACCACUUACAUGAAAAAAGCGAAGGGAUUAUUAUAAACAUAGUUGCUAUACUACAAGGAACUCAAUUAUGAGAUGAAGCAGGUUUAUGCUAAGAUAGGUUUUCCAGUCAAUGUCAAUAAUGCUCAUUGGGUGUUCCUAUUGUUUGAUUUAAGAAAAGAGUAGAUACUGUUGUAUGAUUCUCUGUCAUCUACGUCAAUUAAGAAGUGCAGGCCAAGUGCGUUGACUAAGGCUAUUGGGAGCUUUCUGAAUUUGAAUGUUGGGGAGUGCAAAAUCGUGAACUAUGUUAAGUAGAGGGAUAGUUAUUCUUGCGGAUAUUUUGUUUCUUCGUUUAUGGAAUUUGAAUACAAAUUGUAGUUUAAACAAAAUUACAAGUAUUGUUAUGAUUAAAAUAAAAUGAAAACCAAAAUUAGAAAGAUAUUGAAGUAAGCUUGA